UCUCGUUGCGGUCUCCAGGGAAGAAAUGAUGGAUGUGUAGUUCUUCAAGGAACCUUUCAGUGUGCUUUUAAAGCAGGUUGAAUGGGAAAAACAUCAUGGACGUCUGCAGGGAAAGGCUCGGUAUCGUCCCAGUAACGACCCUAAUACCUGAAAAUGUGUCCGUGUCUCUUUGCUGAUCUUUCUUAGCAUGGGCUGUAAGGAUUAGUUAGCCUCGGCACCAAGCAGCGACCGCACUUCCAAGUGACAGUGUGGCUGCGGUUUUCUGAGCAGAGAUGGGCAAGCUGCAGAGCAAGUUUCGGAAGAGGUCUGAUCUAUACAGAACAUCUCAAGGGGAGAAAGCUGAGAACUCUUUUGACAGUCAGGUGUUGCAAUAUGAACCUGCCCACCAGGGAUCCAUCAACACUGUAACCAGUCUCAGCCCAGAUCUGUGUGUUUCUGGUGGCAGUGAUCAGGCUGUGGUGGUGUAUGACUGGCAACAAGGCCGCAUGUGUCAGUCCUUCCAGGGUCACAACAGAGAGGUUACCAAGGUGCUUUGUUAUCCUGGCAGUACAUGGAUUUUCAGUGCCUCUCGGGACAAGACUGUUCUAAUGUGGGACCUGAACCAGGGAGAUGAACCCAUUCAGGAGUUUUGUGGACAUGAGCUGGUUGUCAAUGGAAUAGCCAUCAGCCCUGAUGGGAGAAAGCUUUGCACCGGCUCCCGGGACAACUGGAUGUGCCUGUGGGAUAUAGAAUCUGCAAAAUGUGAACACAGACACAACAUCUCAAGAAACCUGGUAACUCAUGUGUGCUGGGUGCCUGCUAGUUACUCUGUAGUUCAGACCUCAGAGGAUAAAACUAUAAGGGUGUGGGACAGCCGUUCGUGGCAGGUAACCAAUACUUUUCCAGCUAAGCAGUAUAUACAGACUCACUGUGAUGUCUCUCCAAACGGGAACUACUUGGUGUCCAGCAGCAAUGGCUCUGGGGGCCAGGGCUGUGAAGCCACGCUCUGGGACUUGCGUCAGCCUGGUUGUAAAGUGGUGGAGUACAGAGGUCACCUGCAGACCACAGCCUGCUGUAUUUUUCUACCUGCAUCUUCUGGUGGCUCGGCUCAGAUAGCAACAUCCUCCCAUGACAGCUCGGUAAAAAUCUGGGAUCAGAAUACGGCAGGUUGGACCACAAUUAAUGAUUUGUUUAGGUACGUUGUCCCUGGAUGGUGCUGGACCACUGCUUUCUGUAGCUUCCACCGAUUCUACCAGUUUGCUGUGUGCCAGCUUCAACUCCGGUCUCCAACAUAUCCAGGUGGAGCUGGGAUCCCCUCAAGCUCAGGGUCUUGGUGGUGGUUCCGGUGGUGCUGGAAGCCUAGAUAUGAGAGUUGUGGCACGUUUCUGACAGCAAAUAAGCAACUGUUUGCAGUUCAUACAGAGAAUCAUUACAUACCAGUAGGUGCAGUUGGAUACAAUGGAUUUUCUCACUCUGUGGCUUCCUUUACUCCAUCAGUUUUCUGUUACGCUGCGUUCUUUCUCUCUCAGACAUCUUGUCAUCUUCACGGUACAAGCAUAAAAAUAAAUCGGCAGAAGCUUUUUUGCUGCUUCCAGCUCUUGCGGUCUGAACGUAGCGUUAAAUUAAAAUAAUUUUCCAAAUUUCUUUAGUUGUUGCCUCCUUGACCCUCCUGGUCUUUCAGUCAUUCUUCUUUCUCCAAAUCUCAGUCUUUUCAUACUUCUCAUGGCAGAAAAUCUAUUAUAUCU